GUGCUUCUCUACUCUGCUCUCCACAGCUCUGACGCUCUCUGCUCCUCUCAGGUAAAGCAUGGCGCUGGUGUCUGAGUUCCUGGGUCAGCUGACUUUGGCGCACACUGGGGAGAAGGAGCCUAAAUUCCCCACAGUGGUGCCAGUCCGAGACUUUGACCCAGCCCGCGAGCUGCGGAUCGACGCUGCCAUUAAAACUAAAGGUGUGGAUGAGCAGACCAUCGUUGACAUCCUGACACACCGAAGCUGGGAGCAGAGGAAGGAGAUCGCCUUUGAGUAUGAACGAUUCUCUAAGAAGGAUCUGGGUGCUGCCCUGAAGGGGGCGCUCUCUGGGUCUCUGGAGUCUCUGAUGUUGGGUCUGCUCAAGAGCCCUCCAGAGUACGAUGCUACGGAGCUCAUGGGCUCCAUGAAGGGCCUGGGCACAGAUGAGGAGACUCUCAUUGAGAUCGUCUGCUCCAGAAGCACAGAGGAGAUGCUAACCAUCAAGAGGCUCUACAGAGAAAUGUUUAAGAGGGAGCUGGAGAAGGACAUAGCCGGAGACACUUCAGGGAACUUUGCCAAACUGCUCCUGGCCCUGGUUCAGACCAAGAGAGAUGAUCCGACCAAUGUGGUGGACUAUGAGAAGAUUGAUGAUGACGCACGGGCUCUGUAUGACGCAGGGGUGAAGAGGAAGGGCACAGACGUGGUCACAUGGAUCACCAUCAUGUCCCAGAGGAGUGUGCCCCACCUGCAGAGAGUGUUUGACAGGUACAAGAACUACAGCCCAUACGACAUCAAGGAGAGCAUCAGGAAGGAGGUGAAGGGCGACCUGGAGAAAUCCUUCCUCACUCUGGUGGAGUGUUUUGAGAACAAGCAGCUCUACUUCGCCAACAGACUCAAUGAGGCCAUGAAGACUAAGGGGGCCAAGGAGAAGGUGGUGACCCGGAUCCUGGUGUCCCGCUGCGAGGUGGACCUGAUGAAGAUCCGCACUGAGUUCAAGAGGCACCACCGGAGGUCCCUGUACCAGACCAUCACCGAGCACACUAAAGGGGACUACCAGAGGGCCCUGCUCAGUUUGUGCGGAGGAGAUGACUGAGACUACAUUACCCACAAGCCCCCUCUUCAUUUACAGUAUUAACACCACAUGCCUUUGUUCUUAAUCUGC